AUGGAGACCUCCCAAGUCUCGUUCUGCAGUAUGAUCGAUGUCGCCUGGCUAUGUGCCAUAGCGAUUCGCAGCGUGUAUUGGCUGGUCCUGCUCGCCUGCAACUUCCUGGGUUAUUCAACACUCUGGGCUCGACGUGAAAUCAAACAGAGGGAACGUGAAGAAGAUAUCCGCCGCGCUUUGAAAACUCCUGCUCACGUUGCGGUUCUCAUCAAUAACCGUUCCUUGACCAAGGAGUCGCUACAAUCGCUUUUGAAUGUUUGCCUUGGUGCAAACAUUCGGCGAUUGACUAUCUAUGACCCUGUCGUGGAUCAUUCCUUUCUAGCUGAUGAUCUCAGUAUUUUCUGCAAAUCUAAGCGGAUAAAGAUAGUCACGGGAUGCAACGGUGCACCCAUGGAUCUGUCUUCUUAUCGGUUAAUAGUUCAUUUGCUUUCUGUUGAUUCAGGAAGGGCAACACUUGUUGAAACAUGCCGAGAUCUUUCUUCAUCUUCCACGCCAAUAUCUGUCGCUGAAGUUUCAACUUAUCUGGCUAAACGACAUUCACUUUAUGAGCCAGAAGUCCUGAUACAGGUUGGCAGUAUUCCAUCCCUAUCCGGGUAUCCUCCAUGGUGUCUACGAGUGACGGAGAUCAUUCCAGUUCGAGUAUUGCCUUGUACUCGAUACGCUUUCGAAGAGUGUCUGGAAGCUUAUAGUAAGCGAGAAAUUCGGUUAGGAAAGUAG